AGAACUUACGCAGGACGUGCAGCGGUUGUAAGGGGGAAGGAAGAUGGCGGAUAACAAAGGCGAGGAGGUUAUGGAACCGUCCGCUAAUGCAGACUCGGUGCCUCCAGUGCAAGCCGAAGAGCAGCCGAACGCGAAAAGCGACGACAAGGGAGUCGUCACAGAAGCGGAGUCGAAGCCAGACGCAGAAACGGAGACCUCUAACGGCGCCAACGAGGAGCCCAACGCCGCCAGCAGCGAAGGAGUGGACGAAAGCAGUGGCGGGGCAACUGAGGCUACUCCUACUGCUCCUGCCGCCGCCGCCGCUCCUGUUGUUGUUGCGGCAGGGGAAGCCGGUAGCGAUAGCAACGCUACCAGCCCGGCUGAGGCCAUCAGCACCACCCCAGAAGAACCGCCGGCAAGUGACACUGUCCCCGCCGCCGAUGGUCCAGUUAGCGGAAACCCUACUGAGAGCUCCCCGGCUCCGGCUGCCCCGGCGGCGGCGGCCACGCCGGUAUCCGUUCCCCUGAAUCUGCUGGAUACGUGCGCCGUGUGUAAGCAGAGCCUUCAGGCUCGAGACUGUGAACCAAAACUUCUGCCCUGCCUGCACUCCUUUUGCCUGAAAUGUAUCCCGCAGCCGGACAGACAGAUAAGCGUACAGGUGCCCGGCCCACACGGCCAGACGGAUACGCAUAUAGUGAAUGUUAUGCGGUGUUCAGUUUGCCACCAGGACUACAAACAAAGCGACAUUAUUGACAAUUACUUUGUCAAAGACACAUCGGAAGCUACCAGCACAUCUGACGAAAAAGCUGCGCAGGUGUGCACAAGCUGUGAAGACAACGCUGGGACUGUAGGCUUUUGUGUGGAGUGUGGAGAGUGGCUGUGUAAGACCUGCGUGGAGGCCCAUCAGAGAGUGAAAAUUACCAAGGACCACAAAAUCCGCACAAAGGAAGAUGCUGAUGCUGAUUCUGCAGAGUCUGUCAACACGACGGGGCAGAGGCCCGUUUUCUGUCCCGUCCACAAGCAGGAACCUCUGAAACUUUUCUGUGAGACAUGUGACACCCUAACAUGUCGGGACUGCCAACUGCUGGAGCACAAGGAGCACAGAUACCAGUUUCUGGAAGAAGCCUUUCAGAACCAUAAAGGAAUCAUCGAGGCCAACAUGGCCAAGCUGCAGGAAAAAAAGAACUAUGUCCAUUACUCUGUCUCUCAGUUGCAAAACAGGUUAAAAGAGCUGGGUGAGACUCAUAGAAAAGUGGAACAUGAGAUCAAGAUUGCAGUAUUUACACUCAUAAAUGAAAUCAACAAAAAGGGCAAGGCGUUACUUCAGCAGUUGGAGAGUGUGAACAAAGAGAGGAGCAUACGGCUUAUGGCUCAGCAUAAGGACACCACCCAGCUGGCUCAACAGAUCCACCAUGUGCUCAACUUUUGCAACUGGGCCAUCACUUCUGGCAGCAGCACAGCGUUGCUCUACAGCAAGAGGCCGAUCAUGUACCAGCUCCGCCAGCUCUUCAAGGCGAGACUGGAGCCAGCUCCACAGUCCAAUGGAGUCGUACGGUUCUUCUGUGAUCCAACCUUCUGGGCCAAAAAUGUUGUGAAUUUAGGUAAUUUGGUCAUUGAGAAACCCCCUCCACCGGCACAACCUCCCGGUGUGAUGUUAGGCGGACCGCCCAUUUCACCCGGCCAGGGUCACCCCGGCAAACAUCCAGGACAGAUCAACCUUGCUCAGCUCAGGCUGCAACACAUGCAACAGGCUGCUUAUGCACAGCAAAAGCAUCAUCAUCAGCAUCAGCAGCAACAGCAGCAGCAACAACAACAACAGCAGCAGCAGCAGCAGAUUCAGCAGCAAAUGCGGAUUGCCUCUCAAAUGUCCCAGCAGCAUGCCAGGUCGGGUGGCCCGUCUAUGCAGCAGCAGCCUCCGAGGCUCAUCAGUAUGCAGCAGCUACAAAGAGCGGGGACAAUCAACGGUGGGCCCAAUCCCUCUAUGUAUGCCUCCUCCCAUCAUAUGCGCCUGGCUGGUCCACCACAGGGCCGAAUGCCCACGGCUCAGCCCAGACAUAACGGACAGCAGUAUGGGCCAAUGAUGCAGCCUCAGUUACAGAGACAGAUGUCUUUAGAAUCUGAGAUGAGCCACCAAAGGUUUCGUUUCUUACUCCAAUCAGGGCAUUCCAAUCCUGGACACGCUGGCCCCUUUCCGGUGGCGUCCCUGCAUAACGCCAGUCCCACGAGUCCAACCAGUGCCAGCAUGGCUGGGGCCCAUGCUCACCGUGGUCCUGCCAGCCCCAUAAUUGGUCCCAUCGAGCUCAUCCCCUCUGUCACUAAUCCUGAGAACCUGCCCUGCCUACCUGAGAUCCCGCCCAUCCAGUUGGAAGAUGCAGGUUCCAGCAAUCUUGGGCACCUCCUUUCUCGGUACAUCUCAGCCAGCCAACAUCAGCUCAGCUGCACAGACAUGAACCCCUCACCCGGACUGUCGACCCUUUCUCCUGGAUCGUCAGGUCUGUCCAAUGCUCACACUCCAGCACGACCUUCCAGCACUUCAAGUACAGGAAGCAGAGGCAGCUGUAGCUCUGCUGGCAGAGCGGGGACUGGCGGUGGAGCCACUGGAGAGCAGGUGAAGGUAAAGAAGGAACCCGGUACUGACGACGACUACAAUUGUCCUUCUUCCUCUGUGAAGUCUGAACGAGGCAAAGAUGCCGGGAGGAGCGCCUGUAUGAUGAGCAGUCCAGAGAACAGCCCACUGGGAGUUACAUCCGUAGGCCCAGAUCCUCUCAGGGGUGUCGGAGAACGCAUCAAAACAGAACUAACAUCUGAGACAUCUUGUUCUGGACUGAACGGCACACCUUCUUCGACUAACACUACGACCCCCUCGACCUUGUCAUCCCCCCCUAAUCAGACAGGCGCUUCACUCACCAAUGGAAACGUAGACAAGAGGGUUGUCACAAACGAUGCAGCGCAGGGUGCUGGCCUGAAAGACGACGACCCUAACGAGGACUGGUGUGCUGUUUGCAUCAAUGGUGGCGACCUUCUAUGCUGUGAUCGCUGUCCUAAAGUAUUCCACAUGAAAUGCCAUGUACCCACCAUAAAAAUCUUCCCACAGGGCGACUUCCUUUGCACAUUCUGCCGGAGCAUAGCCAGCCCUGAGAUCGAGUACUGUGAUGAAAGCAAGAGGGUCAAAGGAGACCUGAACCUGAGUCCUGAAGACCAGCGGAGAUGUGAACGCAUCCUUCUGUAUAUUUUCUGUCACGAGCUCAGCAUGGGCUUUAGGGAACCUGUCGCAAGCACCGUGCCCAACUACUACAAGAUUAUUAAGCAGCCCAUGGACCUAAAGAAGGUGAAGAAGAAGCUGCAGCUGCGAAGCUCCCAAUAUUACAAGUCCAUACAGGAGUUUGUGGAUGACAUGCGCCUUAUCUUCAAAAAUUGUGCAAAAUACAAUGAGAUGUCUCGAAUAAUCCGAGUUUAUGAUGAGGAGAAAGAGAUUAAUACCCAGGCGGGAUCAGAGAUGGCGAUAUCUGGUAAGGCGGUGAGCCUGUACUUCGAGGAGAAGCUGCAGGAGAUCUUCCCGGAUCAAAACUUCCCCGACUCGCCGGAUCCCGAGUCCUCCGACGAGAAGGAACGAGAGGACGUUGACACAGAGGACUCUGAGGAGGACUUCAUUCAGCCCAGACGUAAACGGUUGAAAACGGACGACAAGGCUGUUCACAUCAAAUGAAUCCCAACGUGAAGAAACGAGAAGUAAAAAGACUGUCUUCCUCUCAUCCCCCUCUUCCUAGUUUCUUUUUUCUUUUGGAGCGACAAAUGAUAAGUAUGAAGUCACCCUCAUCAGAUUGUUGCCUUUUAAAGUAUUUGCAAGUUUUCUUUUAUGUUUAAUUCUGUGAACUCCCUACGGGUGUAAACAUACAUGAACUCCAUUUGCUCUGUAUUUCAUGGACAUUUACCUGCUAGGACAGAUUUUGAAGUAGGACUUCUUGUUCUGUUGUAGUCACCUAUUGAUUUUUUUUCUUUUUUUUUUUUUUUCUAUCAUCCUUUUGCAUUUGUAGAGUUGUAACAAUUUCUUUAUAAAAAAAACCCCACAUUUAACUUGAACUACUCUGUUUGAUGUAUAUUAUCUAUACUUCGACACUGAGCCUACCAAGUAUUUGUAAGACUGUGGAAAUGUUGUGUAAAUAAGAGAGUCUACAGUAUAGGUGUUUUGGUGCGUCAAUAAAACCUGUUGUUGAAGUAUGA